AUGGAGCGGCGGAGUGGUGGUGGUGGUGGCGGCGGCGGCGGCUUCUUCGCGGCGCUGCGGGAGGAGGUGGCGCGCGGGCUGUCGCCGGCGCGGGCGCGGGCGCGCGCGCGCGCCCGGAGCAGGGCGGAGGCGGCGGAGCUGGCGGCGGCGCUGAGGAUGUCCGGAGGGGGGGAGAUGCUGGCGCCGCUCAUGGAGGGGCCCGAUCCGGAGUCCGGCGACGGGGAAGGCGGCGGCGGUGGGGCCGCCAGGGGCGCGCGCGGAGGGCGGAGGGGGGAGGGGUGGGGGCAGUGGGUGAGGGGCCAGCUCGCGCGGGCGCCGUCCUCCGUGGCCGCCGCGGCGGCCGGCGCCGGCGCGGCGCGGAACGACCUCAGGCUGCUGCUCGGCGUCAUGGGCGCGCCCCUCGCGCCCGUGCAUGUCUCCGCCGCCGAGCCGCUCCCGCACCUUAGCAUCAAGGACACCCCCAUCGAGACCUCGUCGGCACAGUACAUACUGCAGCAGUACCUGGCGGCCUCUGGUGGGCAGAGGCUUCUUGGGUCUGUCCGGAACGCGUACACCAUGGGCAAGGUGCGCAUGGUGGCCACCGAGUUUGAGAUUGCUGGCCGCCUUGUCAAGAACCGCAAUGCUGCUCGCUGCGCCGAGCCAGGCCGCUUUGUCCUUUGGCAGAUGGCUCCUGAGAUGUGGUACAUUGAGCUGGCUGUCGGUGGGAGCAAGGUGCAUGCCGGCUGCAAUGGCAAGCUCGUCUGGCGCCACACCCCAUGGCUCGGUGCCCAUGCUGCCAAGGGCCCUGUUCGCCCUCUCCGUCGUGCACUUCAGGGCUUGGAUCCAUUGACCGCUGCAAGCAUGUUUGCUGGUGCACGCUGCAUUGGGGAGAGGAAGGUGAAUGGGGAGGAUUGCUUCAUUCUGAAGCUGUGCACUGACCCUGAGACCCUUAAGGGGCGCAGUGAGGGCCUUGCAGAGAUCAUUAGGCAUGUCAUGUUUGGAUAUUUUAGCCAGAGGACUGGCCUUCUUGUCCAUAUUGAAGAUUCACACCUGACCCGGAUCCAGUCAACAACCGGAGGAGAUGCUGUUUACUGGGAGACUACCAUCAAUUCAUUCAUCGAGGAUUAUCGUCCCGUUGAAGGUAUAAUGAUUGCACAUUCUGGCCGGUCGGCUGUGACCCUAUUCCGUUUCGGUGAGGUGGCCAUGAGCCACACCAAGACUCGAAUGGAGGAGGCAUGGAGCAUUGAGGAGGUUGCGUUCAAUGUCCCUGGUUUGUCCAUGGACUGUUUCAUACCACCCACUGAUAUAAAAUCUGGAUCUAUUAGCGAAACUGUUGAGCUUUCUCAUGGUGAGAAGAGCAAGGUUGGCCCUCCCCCUGGCCACCGCGCUAAAGUUGCUGCAUUGGAGAAGGCAGUUAAUGAGAAAGUAGCAUGGAGUGGAACUAUACUCGAAGAUCACAAUUGAUUUGUAGCCUGUCCAUACAUGCUUCUUACAUUGCAGUUGACUGACUUCGAUCAAUGUAGUGUAGGUGAGAAACAGGUUGAAAGGAGGAUUUGGAAUUUGUAGAACCAAAUGUCCUUUGUGUAUAGGGAGCAGCAUGAAGCAUUCACCAGAUCCUGCAUAUCCUUGAAGAUGAUCUGGGUGAAGCAUCUUUUCUAAUCUCCUCUUGAUAUAUGGGUAGUAGGUAGCCUCGUUUGCUACCUUGGGGUUUUUGUCAGUGCCAUCUGAAAGAGCAUGGUGCGUCCUCCAUUCCAGCCACAUGUGGAAGGUCCAUUGUGGUAAUGCUGUUAGUUAUCCUUCAGCAAUACUGAUUGGUCAUUGGUCAGUGGGGAAGAAGGAUUUCCUUGCUGGCAACCGACAGUGAUUUAGUUGCCAUCUUGUUGCCAUUACAUACGAUUUGGCGAAUUUGGUUGUCAUCACAUCCAAUUGGCGGUUCAAUAUGCUGUGCUGGGUGAUGCUUCCUGGUCAAGCUAACUUCAGAGAAAAGUAGAACCUCUGAAAAUGGUUGCUACUUCUUAGGUUCCUAAUUGUAAGUUUUUUUCCCCUUAAACCUUCCGUCGCAUCUCUCCUAUUUAUCAUGAGAUGGUGUACUCAACAGAAGUUUGAUGUAAUCCAAAACAUCUAUGAUUGUGAAGGGUUGAACUGUUUGUGAUGUCUGCUACCCUGCUCA